CCAGAAUUAGCGGAUUGUUUGCGAGUGUUGUAUAUAGUUGUGUGGUUGCAUGAAGGGGCUUUGCUGUCAGUUAUAAUUUUAGACUGUUUCGUAGUAAACGGUAGUACCUAGAAAGCAUAAAGGCCCUUAGUUAUUGGCCCUGUUCACAGUGUCUGAACUGAAAAACUGCGAGUCUCCAACGAUACGCUUCGCCAGCGCUGCUGGACAAGGCGCCAUGGCCAGCAAAGUAAUCCUCAAGAACACAACCAAGCUCAGCCUCAAUGAACGCUUCACAGCAUACCGUCAGCAGGCCGAGGCAGAGGCGCUACGGGCUGCGGCAGCAGCGGCUGCAGUGCCCCAGAUUCCUCCAGUGCCACAAGCAUCGAUGCGCAAUGUGCGCCUGGCACAGCAGAUGGCUAAUCGGCCCAGCGUGCUUGCUGCCCUGCGCCUUCGGAAAGCACCCCCUGUGCUGAGUGGUGGCUACAUGGUACCCUCUCCCUCCAUCGGGGCCAUGGAACGCGGGGUGUCCCCCCUCGGGGGUGGCUGGGUCCUGCAGCGUAGCCUGCGCCAACGUCUUGGCCCGCUGUCUGGUGGAGUGAAGGCACGCCUUGGACUGCGGCCGUUCCACCCAGCUGGGAUGCUGCUUCGGUCUAGGCUGGGGUUGAGGCCACUUCAAGCCAAUGGAACCCGUGCUGCACAGUCGCGCAGGAAUCGCGGAGCAGCCAGGGCCUACUACAGGCAGCCACGCGCCAAUGGGGCUCUCCGUGGACAGUUUGGUCGGCCACGAAAUCGCAGGCGACGCGCUCAGCAGCAGCAACAGCAGCAGCAGGCAGCAGCCGGUGCGAAUUCUGGUGGCCAAAAUGACCGUCGCCAAUUGGAUCAGCAGCUGGAGGCAUACAUGGCACGUACGAGAAGUCACUUGGAUGCUGAGCUGGAUGCCUACAUGGCCCAGGCCAGUGGGAGUAGCAGUUAGACGAGCCUAGGUGGAGCCUGCUGUGGCGGAGGCUGGCGAGCCAGUAGUAGGGCAAUGUUGCGUGGCGAGGAGCGAGCAGACGGGAAGGCAGCCACCAGCCGAGCCCCGCUCCAGCACGCCCAGUCACCAAGCACCAUACCCUCCCAACAAGGCUGCAGCAGCUGGCGGAGGAGCUGUGCAUGAAAAGAAAAACUCACCUGUUCCCCACUGUUUGGGCCACCCAGUCGCAAAAGCAUAGCGAUUCGGUGUACCUGUUGGUCCUGAUGUCUUACUCGUACUUGAUGUUCAUGCUUUUCGGUUGCCCCUAGGCUGCUCUUUGUUUCCUGGCUGCCUUGAUGGUCCCUUGAAGUGACAUUAUAAUUAUGGACAGUAUAAUGUGAAGUAACGUCUUUUCAUUUACUUUCAUGGGACACAUUGCCUGGCCAAUUGUGGGAUUGGUUGAUGUUCUUUUAGCCUGCUGGCGGACCAAUAGAAAUACAGUAGAUGUAUAGUCGUGUGAAAUGAUGAUAAAAGACGAGUGCUUCUGUUUGUGUGCCCAUCUUCCUGGAGGCUGUAGAUUCUAAUCAUAAGUAAGCUGGCCCAUCAUGCAGCUGUGUUGAAAAGGUAAACAGCUGUGAAGGCUUUGCUUGGGCAAGUGUUCUUUAAGGUGUGUCGGUGGAGGCUCGAAUUUAGAGGCAUUUUAUUAGGAAGAUAUUUUAGCAGAACAGUCUCCAAUGAUCUUGUAAAUCCGAGUUGCUGAGAGCGGUGAGAAAUUGAAUGUGCUAUGUAUGCGCGGGUUUGGCCAACAUUUUUUUACUAAUUAUGCUCCCACAGUUUGCUUACUCCAUAUGCAGCUACCUUUCCUCGCUUUUCACUUGAUCCCAACUGUUUAUGACCCAACGUAGUUCAGUCAAACCCACUCAUAACAAUGCUCAAGUGCCACAAUAAUUUCGUUGCUAUAACCGAUAACUGCUAUAAAUGGGUUGCAUGAAAAAAAGCAAAAUAGGGGGACGGCAGGCUCUUGUUAAAAAACUAUAUCGGUAGGGAUAUGCCAAUAGACAUCAGUCAUAAUGAUGACAAAGCUGCCGAUUUUUUGGAGAUGCUUGAAAAUUCGUACGCUUUCACGGGACCGCCACAAGCCCCCGUAGAGCCAAUGUAUGACAACGCCUGAAGUUUUGGAUGCUGAAGCUCUUCUAAGGCUCAAAUUUUUAAUCAAACUGCAUGUCCAAAAGUGCAUUAACAGAAGCCUUCGCCACUCCCGCGCCGUAGCAGAUUUCAAAAGUCAGCUUUGCUGCAAUGCCACAACGCUAUGCGGUGAAGCAUAUUGCGAAUACGAAGGGGCCCUCGGGGACGUUGGGGUUUUGGGCAAGGGUUUAGCAGCUUGAAUUUCUCGGUUUCUUCCUUCUUUUCAAGGAUUUCGCGUCUCAUUACCUUUCAGCAUGGACACCCAGCAGCCAGAACUCAUUGUUACAACUGAUACUGUGGCACGUGGGCAUUGAUGUAAGCGGGUUAUUUCACCAUAGAAAACAUACAAAAUUUGACAGUGCAGCAGCUUCUAAUUGUUAUAACCGAUAUAUUGUUAAAACCGGUGUCAUUAUAAGUGGGUUCAACUGUAUUUCAGCUCAUUAUGAAUGUACCAAAUACCGAUGAUAAAAUUUUACAUUUGGUGAUUGGCUGAUUUUAUGAGCUGUUCUUGAUAAUGUGGUGUGGGCAUUGGCUGUAUGCCUGGUGACUUCACCUGGUGCAUAUCGGCUAUUUCUAGGCAUUCAUCCAAUGUCACCUCGGAGUGUAAGUGCAAAGACUGUGGUCUGCCCUUGUCUCCUUCGCCAAAACCCUUCCAUGUUUUAGGUCAUAGUAUUUAUGUUCUGGCAUACGUGUGUACAUGCUGUUGUAAGUCGGUGCUGUACAGUCAAGAUGACUUUUAAUGAAAGUUUUUCAAUGUGA